AUGGCGAGGGUAGAGACCCUCUGGAGGCCUGGCAGGAGGUUGUUCUGUAUAAAGUCCAGAUGUCUUGUUUCAUGUAAAACCUCAAACCAACCUGAGUGUGAUUUCUCUUUAGUUCUGACCUCACUGCUGAGCUGCACAACAAACCAAGCCUCUCUGACUGUGAGUCCCAGCAGCUCUCAGCUGUUUCAAGGACAGUUUGUCUCUCUGAGCUGUGAGGAGGACGACAGCUCUGCUGGAUGGACGCUGAGGAGGAACACUACCAGAGAAACCAGGACUCCAUGUGGAUCUGACUGGGGAAAAUCCACUGGUUCUUCCUGUAACAUGAGCUACAUCACCAUAUGGGACAGGGGAGUUUACUGGUGUGAGUCCAGAGAGGGAGCAACCAGUAACACCAUCAACAUCACUGUCACUGGUGGACCAGUGAUCCUGCAGAGUCCUGUCCUCCCUGUGAUGGAGGGACAUGAUGUCACUCUGCACUGUAAAACAGAGACCCCUCCCUCCAACCUCCCAGCUGGUUUCUAUAAAGAUGGCUCCCUCAUCAGGACUGAGCCUACAGGUCACAUGACCAUCCACCAUGUUAACAAGUCUGAUGAAGGCCUCUACAAGUGUAACAUCAGCGGUCGUGGAGAGUCUCCAUCCAGCUGGAUCUCUGUCACAGAGAUUCAUCUGACCAGGUGGAUUCUCUCUACAACCUUCACCCCUCCCACAUCUGCAGCCACACCCCCUGUCUCAGACCCCCUCCAGCUUGUGUUCAGUUUGAUCCACCACCUGGUGGUGUGCUGUCCAUACUGCAUCUCCACUGUCCUCAUGGUGUCUUUAUACCGAAACAGGGCCACAGGAAAUGACCUGCCCGUCUCCAUGGUGAUGACCCUACCCACCCAGUCUGAGGAGGGAUUGGAUGACAACUGUGAUGAUUUCAUCACUGCUGUCACCACAGAGCAUCACUUCUGAGCUGAUCCAGUGUUUUCUUUUUCUUAAUGAAGCUAAAAUGUUUGAUUCAUCUUCAAAUAAACCUCAGAUUUCCUUCAGAGAUCACAAACAGCAGAGGACCCAGAACACUUCCCUGUGGAACUCCUCAUGUUCUAGUUUGACUUGUAGAUGAUGUUAAACUCAGGAUCUCAGAUGACAAUUUAAACUCUUCUAAUCUUAUUCUGUAAGCAGCUGUGUGAGAGCAGUUUUUAGGACAAACUCUGUCAGGUUUAGUGAAGCCACUCAGAGAAAGAUGGACUCGGAUGAACUUUAUGAUACAGGCCCCUGGAAAAAUGCAUUGUACAAAGAUGUUGACAUGUUUUUGUUCCAAAUAAAUGCUGAUAAUUGUUCA